UAAGACAUUGUUUCCAAACUGGUAGUGUUUCAAAACACGCUGUAAAUAAUAAACAGAAAUAUUAAGAUUGAUACUGAGCUUCAAAUUACUAUGUAUUUGCUGCCAAAGGUCGCAAGACUCCGGAGAGCGCUGUGCCCUGGGGUCGUACCACGGCGUUUCCGGUUCACAGACACAGCAGGGCAUGUCGAGUGCAGGGAGCGACCCAAGAACCCUUUCUACGACCCUUACUACGAGAACUCCGUUUGGGGUCCUCGCCCACGAUGUCUGAUCGGCAGGAAGAGUCAGGUCACGGUGGCAAGUGGGGUGGGAGUUGGGCCUGAACUGAUGAGGCACGUCAAGAGGAUCUUACUGGCCGCCAACGCUCCGGUCGACUUUGAGAACAUGAGCUGUAAUAGUAACAACGGUUACGAAGACAUGGAUAACAUCAUAUAUUCUGUCGAACGCAAUGGAGUGGCUAUCAAAGGUAAUUUAGAGAAGCGACUGGAACCCCUGGAAAUCUCCAGAAACAUGCAGCUCCGUCGGUCUCUUGACUUAUUCGUCCAGCUCAUUGAGAUCAAGAGUUAUCCGGCACUCGUGGAGAAGAUGAGGUGCAAACACAACGUGGACGUGGUCAUUGUGCGGCAGAACGUGGAGGGUGAGUUCGCAUUGCUCGAGCACCACAACGGCAAGGGUAUCGAGAACCUCAAGAUCACGACUGAAUACAACACCAGGCGCCUUGCAGAGUUCGCCUUCCAGUACGCCAUAAAGCACAAGCGCCGCAAGGUCACUGUUGUCUACAACAAGGGCUUCAUGAACUCGUCCGAGGGCCUCUUUGUUAAUACCAUAUCUGAUGUGGCGGAGAAGUAUCCGGAUGUCACCUUCACGAAGCAGUCGAUGAGAGGCUUCGCGUUCCGCAUGACCGACUUCAACUUCAACGGUGAUGUGUUGAUAACAGGAGUCCUGUACGGCGGCCUCAUCAUGUACCUCAUGUUCGGACUCAUGCUACCUCUGCACAGACAGAUGGCGCAGGGAUGUUCUGCGGACAGAAACCUAGGGCCGAGGUAUGCGGUAUUCGAACCGGCUGUAAGACACAAGGGUUUCAAGCAGAUGGGCAAGGACAUAGCUAACCCCGUAUCCACACUGGACUGUGCCGUCAAGAUGCUGCAUUACCUCGGUCAUCACGAAGCUGCUCGCAGGAUAGAGAGGGCGAUCGAUUUAACUAUCAACGAGGACCUAGUGCACACUCGAGACAUGUUGGGGGUGGCCUCCACCAGCACCAUGGUGCACAACAUAGAACGUCGAAUCCGGGAGUCGAUGCCCGUCGGCUACAGCGAUGACGAAACUCACCCUCCACCGUUACCUCCGACUCCACCCUCCGUCCCACCCUACAAGCCUUGACACCCCUAUGUAUCAGCUGUGUACACAGUAAACUCCACAAAAUAAACUGUUAUUUUCUUU